AGCGGUUUUUGGCCCCCAAAUAUCGACCAGGGGUCAGGUUGCAAAGAUAAGCGCUACGGUGUGCAAAUCUCCACUGGAGUAAAGAUCAUAUGAAUCAAUCUUUGUUCAAAGAAGACACAAGAAUUGAUCCGUAUUCCAGUCGCAAUGGCGUCGCAACCUCACUCUGACCUGGAGGUCGUGCAGCCGUCAGCGGGUGAUACCCACAAGUACCCUUACUACUCGCCGGAGCCGAUCCCUGUACAACCCAACACCGCAACGGACACGAACAAGAUCGUCUACGAGAGCGCCGCAUACGAGAACGCUGCAUACGCGCACCCACCACCACCACAAACAAUAUGCGGUCUGCGCAAGAGAACAUUCUGGAUACUAGUGGGCGUAGCGAUCAUAGUCGUCGUCGCAGCAGUGGGCGGCGGUGUUGGCGGCGCGCUCGCCUCACGGUCAUCAAGUAACUCGAGCGCGAGCAACAGCGACGCCAACACCAGCAGCAGCAGCAGCAGCAGCGCAGCACCCACACAAUCGAGCGCGCAAUCGACCUCGACGGACCCAACACCUACCACCUCCUCCACAUCCACCUCCUCCACCCAAGCAGUCACAACAACCACCCUCCUCGGCCCAUCAAAUAGCCCCGAACCCACCCUCCUCCGCGACUGCCCCUCCUCGAACAACACCCUCUACACCGUCACCUACGGCAGCACAUCCUACCAAUUCCGCAAGCUGUGCGGCGACGCAUACGUGAACAUCGCGGGCGUGGCGGCACCCGUGCAAGGCGUCUUCAGCACGCUCGACGAGUGCAUCGACAAGUGCGCCAUCUACAACCGCAACAACGCGACGCGCAUUGCGGCAGGCCAAGACCCAGUGUGCAACUCGGUGUGCUGGCGCAACACGUUUGAUUCGCGCAACGACUGGGAGGGCGGGCAUUGCUUUGGGUUCACAACGGGGAAUACCACGGUCGCGGGGCAGACGUCGUUUCGGAUCACGGGGACGGGGGAUAUUUGUGAUAGUGCAGCGUUGAUUAAUCAGGAGCUUUAGGGAGGGGAGUGCGAUAUACCCUUUGAGUGGUUGGGGCCGAGGAUAGGAGUGCAUGAUUGGGCGUUGGACAGCAUUGGUAUACCAUUAAAUCUUGAAGCGAUUGUACACUCUGGAUAACAUAUAACUAUUAAAGUGUGAACCACUGUGUUUAGCUUAUCAUGCCGACGUACUUGCAGAGGAAACAUUUUGAUAAAGAUCACUAAGCUCAGUCACAG